CUGCUUACGCUGCCAAAAUGUCAUUCUGACAGCGCAACUACUUCCGCCUGUUUUCAUUCUCUCUCUUUUUCCGUCAUCUUCGAUUGAAGAAACUGCACACUUUCGUGUCAGCUUUAAAAAUUCAAUCAAAUUUAGUGAAAUUUCGAUAAAAUGGCCAAGCGUACCAGGAAAGUCGGAAUCGUUGGUAAAUAUGGUACCCGUUAUGGUGCCUCCCUGCGAAAAAUGGUGAAGAAGAUGGAAAUCACUCAGCAUGCCAAGUACACCUGCACAUUCUGCGGCAAGGAUGCCAUGAAGCGUUCCUGUGUGGGGAUUUGGUCCUGCAAGCGGUGUAAGCGAGUCGUCGCUGGAGGCGCCUGGGUCUACUCGACCACGGCUGCUGCCUCAGUGCGAUCGGCUGUCCGUCGUCUGCGUGAAAUGUAAACUGGCUGUUGUAUUCCAUCGAAAUAUUCGCUAAACCUAAGUGAUCAUCAUGAAAGUCGGCACACGUACAAAGCUGCUAGUUUUGCCUUGGCAACACUAAGGAAAGGAUGAGCAAAGUUAGGAAUAAAAAAAAGGAGUCCAUCUGAAGGGUGAAAAUUGAAA